UCUCUCACUCCGUCCCUGGUCGAUGCUGUGAGUUCCUCCUCUCCGUGUUUGGGGGGUUGAACACAGGAUUCUCUCUGCCUUCCUCUCAGUCUGCAAUCAGCAACGCGUGCGCGCACACACACACACACGCACACGCACACGCACAGUCAGACGCAGCAGCUAUGAGCGCAGGCGAUGUGGUGUGCACAGGAUGGCUCAUAAAAUCCCCUCCGGAGAAGAAGCUAAAGAGAUUUUCAUGGCGAAAGCGAUGGUUUGUUUUGCGGAGGGGUCGGAUGAGCGGGAAUCCUGAUGUUUUGGAAUAUUACCGUAGCAAGAGUUCCCGAAAACCAAUCAGAACAAUCGACCUGCAGGAGUGCGAGGUGACCAUCGAGGCAGAAGUACGGCCCACUAAACGUCAGUAUCAGAAUCAGCACCUGUUCGUGGUCAAGACAGCCACGCGCAUCUUUUACCUGCUGGCCAAAACAGCAGAAGAGAUGAACAUCUGGGUACAGAGCAUUGGACAGAUUUGCACGUUUGGAGGACUGAACAGACAUGCAGAAUCAAUGGACAGUCUUAAUCGCACUCCCUCUUCCCAGCAGCCCUCUCCAGCACUCUCUCCUCAUGUUUCUCUCGUGGCCAAUCAGGACACAGUUACCGUUGAAAACCAUGAUGUCCUAGACAGGCCCAGCGAAUCAGAGAUCAGCCCUCCACUUGACUACCUCUUUCUCUCUCAGUGUGAGACCGGCACGAAGAGCAUCGUCAGGUGUGACAGCAUCUCUAACUCUGAACGCUCCUUUGAGCAGAGCUCGUCUGAGUACACAGAGGAUGUGUUUAGCCCCACCCCACGCAUUGACUCCUCCCCGUCCCCUUUCCUUUUGGUUGGGGUGUCUGAGCCCCCAUUCAGUGCCCCAUGUGGCCCGCUCUCUCUCUCCUCUUCCCUUUCGUCCUGCCUCUCAUCUCCUAUCUCUCUACGCCGGCCACCAGACAUUUUCAGAUUCGACCGGCCCUUUUACGGUACAUCAGACCCACAGACGCCUCCUCCCCUCCCACCCAAACCUACACACCUGUCCGAUCAUCACGGUAAUGAGGAUACCAGCCGUAAUCAGACGCAACCUGCUCUCCUCCCUCGCAGGACGUCGCUUUCAGGAAUAGACCACUUUAAGAGAGUAGAGUUUGAAAAUGCGGGGAGAAACUGGAACAAACGUCUAAGCCUCAACCUGCCAAUAUUUCUGAAUACCACAGUUACUGAAAACCACUCUGAGGAUUCAUAUGUACCCAUGGCCUCGCCACCAAUCAGCUGCUCUGAUGUGACUUCAGAUGGCUACAUACCCAUGAGCCCUUCCACCCUGCCCGUCUCGCUACUCACCAAUGGCAAAACAGAGCUGCCUUCGCCUUCGAAUCCCGACCUUGAGCCUCCUCCAGUCGACCGCAACCUUAAACCAAGAAGACGGGCUCGACCGCCUCCUUUAGACCUGCGGGGUCUGUCCACAAUUUCUGAAUGUCCUUUCCACGUUCCCCUCACACGCACCAUGACAGAACCCAGCACAUCACUUCAGUCAGUUCCUUUGGACAGGCGGCGAGGAUGGGGCUUAAACGGUUCUGAACAGGAAGGGAGCAUCACCCCAACGGAUUCUCGGCUCUUGUUCCCAGCUUGUGAUUCUGCUCCCUGGAUGAGGCCUUCUCAGCUGGAUUACUUGUCGCUUGACUUUAAUUCUGCUUCCCCCUCACCCGUUCAGAAGAAACCGCUGCUGGCAGACGAGUACAGGGUGGAUUACGUGCAGGUAGACGAGAAGAAAACACAGGCUUUACAAAACACCAAGCUGGAGUGGAAGGAUGUCCGUCAGUCAAAAGCCUAAGCCUUCUGGAGGGGGAUAAUCCAUUUAAAUUAUUACAUGGUUCAAAACUUGACUUGUUUUCAUCUCUUACAAUUUCAGGUACAUGUUGGUUUUUUACACUGGUAUAAAAGGGGAAACUUCAGAAUUAAAACGUCAGAAAAUUCAGGAAAUUAUUCCAGAAUAAAAGACCUCCGACACAAUGAUUCAAUAAUAAAGCAUACUUUUGUAGUUCUUUUACUGGGAAGAGAACUAGCAUUUCCUAUGCAUUUUAAGAGUUUUGGUUUACGAGUAAAGCCAAAUAUGAAGUUAAUCUACAACAUAAAUUAUACACAGCCGUACCUCAAAUGUGAAUGGUGUUUUGUUUUUGUUUUUUUAAAUGUUAACAAAUUGAUUAGUACUAAAGAAAAGUGUAAGACUACCAGAAGGAGGUGACUUGAUGUUUCUGAAAAUUUGGGUUUGGUAAGAUUUUUUAUGUUUUUGAAAGAAAACUCUUCUGCUCACCAAGCCUGCAUUUGAUCAAACAUACAAAUGUAAAAAAAUACAUACGGAAAUCUUUGAAUAUAUUUGGUAAUGUGUACUGUAAUCAUAGUUUUCAGGAUUGUUUGAUGAAAAGAGCAUGAUGAUUUAAAAGAGCAGUAUUUAUUUGUCUUUUUUUUGGUAAAAUUAAAAAUGUCUUUACUGUAACUUUCAAGCAAUUUAAUAUGUCCUUAAUGAAUAAGAGUAUUAAAUUCUUAAAACAGAUAAAUAAAUAAAAUCUUACUGACCCCAAACCUUUUAACAGUAUCCACAAUUCACAUUUAAGAUGACGGUGUGUAAUUUGUUGAAAAGCGUGGAGUUCUCUUCAAAUAUCGUUAGCCACCAACCCUUAAUUUACUUCAUUUCCAAACUGACAUGAUGACUGAACAGCUCUACUAAAAUCUGACUGAAAUCCGAACUAAAAACAUUUGUGUACAGAAUAGGAAUUUGUUUACCAGAGCACAAAUUUUUAUAACCGAAAUAAUUUAUAAAAAUUAACAUUCAUUUUUGAUCAUUUGUUUAACUUGGAAAAUAUACAGAGUGACUUUUUUUGUUGCACUCCUUGGGAUGUUAUUUUGAAAUAAUUCCCUGAAUAUAACAGCACACUGUUUUACGUCGCUGAUGUUGCCUACUUGUAAGUCCUGACACGUUUUCAAAGGUGUCUCAGAGUCUUUAAGAUAUUGUGAAUAUGUUACAUAUUUAUGACUAGUCUCAAAAAACAAUUAUACCAAUGAACGUGUUUCUUGCACACCGUGGAGAUCAUGUUUUUACUACAGUUUGUUUGAUGAGAGUCAGACUACUGUAAACCACUGGAACCACACACUGUGAUUGGAUGCUGGAACAAAACUAUGAAGGAAUCGAAUGUUUUGUAGAAGGGAAAUCUGCCUUUGCUUUUUCAGGAUUGAAUCUUGAGUGAAUAUACUGAAUGUUGAAUA